UUAUGCCAUAAGGUUCUGUAGCUUAAAUUAAUUCAAACGUAAAUGUUUAAGAGUUCUGUGAUUUUUUUCUACAGGACAGGGACCUAACUUCUUGAGAAACUCAGUUUUACUGUUCAAUGCUGGUUCAGUCACAAUGAGUGAUCACAAUGAAGAAUUUAAACCCGAGGAAAUGGAAGGAGUAGAAAUCCCAGAAUCGCAAAUCCCUGAAUCUCAGAGCUCUUGUGAAACUCUCAUGAGUCAACAGAGCCAUGUCAUGGUCCUGAGGGUAGACAAAAGUCUGAUUAUUUCAUCAAAACCUGAAAAUGAGUUCUGGGAAAUUCCAACAGAAAAAGCUGUCGAAGUUUCAGACGUCAAACCUGCUGAUAAGACCGUAAACAGUUCUCUUGAAGCAAAUACUUCCGGGGAGAAUAAUGGGAACAGCCAUUCCAGAAUCAUACUGCCACGACAAAGUUUGGAAAGUUCAGUGCAAGAGCAAGAUCCUUCAAUUACUGACGAAGGUCUUGGAGGUAAAUCUCAAAAUGAUAUGUUUGAAGAUGAUAAAGAAGAAGAUGACAGAUUGACAAAACAAGAAACAAGAAAACGUAAAAGCCGAUCUGACGAUUCCACCCCUUCGCCGAAAAGACCAAGAAGAAGUAUUCCGAUUGAAAUCUCUUCAGAUGACAAUCACUCAGUGGAGAAUCAAGACUUAUCGGUGUUGGAAAUAUCGGCAACUCCAGAGAAGACUAUAAUUAUCGACGAUUCUCAGGAGUUCAGCCUCAGGAUAGAAGAGGAACCCUCUGCCACCCAGGUCAAGGCAGAGGUCUCUCAAAAAGAGGUUACUGGUGUGAAGGCACCCACUACUGUCAGUCCAACGAUCUCCACCCAAUCACAGAAGAACGUUCUCUCCUGGUCUUCACAGACACAACAGUUGACCUGGGACUCUCACAAGUACACGCAAGAUGUAAAAACCUUUAUGGCAGGAGACUCUUGUUCUCAGCCCUCUGAAUAUGAGAAGAAUUCUCCUUCAGAAAGUUGUGUAGGAAAACCAAUCAAACUAACCUACCUUACUUGUGGUCAGUCACCAAAGUUAAAGCAAAAGAGUAGUAAUGAUAAAUUAAGACCGUAA